AUUUUUUGAUGAAUUAGUUGAAGGUCUUAUACCAAAAACAAGAAGUUUUUAUAAUCAAGAAGAAGCAAAAAAAUUUAUUGUUUCAUUUUGUUAUCUUUUUGCUGGUUUAAAAAAUAAAUUUGCAAAUAGUUAUAAAUUAGAUAUUGGACUUCAUUUAGCUUCAGCAGGAACUUUAUAUAGAGGUAUAGAUAUUUUAUCAAAUACAGGACUUAUAGUUUCAUCUAAAACU